AUGGCAGAAGCAUCCCCCCCAGCGGGCUUCCGACCCUCCUUCAGCAACUGCCAGGACGGUGUGACCGACCUCUGCCCCGUCGAAGCGACAAUAUAUGGCUCCUAUCUUUCGAUUCCCGGCAAUGCCGUUCUCGUUGCCGUCUUCAGCAUCUGCACUCUGUUCCAAAUCGGCACCGCGAUCCAUACGCGCACGCGCACUUAUUCUUACAGCAUCUGUCUCCUAAUCGGAACCCUCCUCGAACUCCUCGGCUACACAGGCCGCCUCCUCCUCCACCAAGACCCGUGGAACUUCGCGGCCUUCGCCAUGCAGAUGUGCAGCCUCAUCGUCGGCCCGGCCUUCAUCGCCGCCGCCAUGUCCGUCACCUUCAAGCACCUCGUCAUCUACACGGGCGCGCGGCACUCGCUCCUCAAACCGCGUCUCUACCCGUGGAUCUUUGUCGGCACCGACUUCGCCUCCAUCGCCGUGCAAGGCCUCGGCGGCGGCAUCGCCAGCGCCGGCAGCUCCGACGACGGCGGCGACACCUCGCUGCUCGACAUUGGCGACAGCCUGCUGCUCGCCGGCGUGGCGUUUCAGGUCGCCAACAUGGUCGCCUGUGGCCUCCUCAUGCUGUGGUUCGUGUGGCGCUACAAACGUGCCCAAAAGGCAACAACAACAGCAACGACUACUCCCGCGCCCGCGCCCGAGAACGAAGACACGGAUUAUGCCGCCGACCGCCACGCCCGCCCGGCCACCGCACAAGGCCACUUCCGCGCCUUCUGCUACGCGCUCGUCGCCGCGUACCUGGCCGUGCUGGCGCGCUGCAUCUACCGCCUGCCGGAGUUUGCGAGCGGCUGGGGCUCGGAGCUGCAGCAGAACGAGACGACGUUUUUGAUACUGGAUGGCGCCAUGAUUGCGGCGGCGGUGCUGGUGUUGACGGUCGCGAGGCCCGGCUGGCUGUUUCCUGCGAUGGAGAGGUAUUCGAGGAGUAAGAAGACGAGGGCGCGCGAGGCGGCGGAGAAGGAGAGGGAGAGGGAGAAGGGGAAGGCUGAUGACGCCGUUGGUGGUGAGGAGCUGAGGAGAGACGAGGGUCGGGGGGUGGGGGCCGCGGUGUAG